AUGAGACUCAUUCCGUUCGUCUUGGCGUUGGGAUGCGCAGUGUUGGCGGUGGAUGCACAGAGAGUGGUGGAUCCAGGUGCAGCUGGCCAAGGGGGCGGUACCAAUGCGGGUACUGGCAACAAUAACAACAAUGGCAACAAUGCGCAGGGAGGUCAAGCGCAGCCGACCCAAGCGCCACAAGGUGGAACAGGUACAGGCACCAACAACACCUCAUCGCUCUCUUCCAUUCCUCAAAACGCAGCAGCUGGUGGAAUAACCAUCACGAAUCCUGUGCAAACGGCAGACGCUUCUUAUUACAAGAUAGCCUCGGGUAUCAGUGUGACGUUCGGAUGGAACUUUACGAGCAUCGUUGCGGGACACUCGCCCAGCUCCUUGACCAUCCAAGCAGUCAACACUGCUCAAAAGAAUACCAUUCCGAUCGCCACAAUAGCGGGUGCUGCUACGCAGGUGGUUUGGAGCCCUUGGGACUAUCAACAAUCUGCUGGGGCUAGGAAUUUGCCACAGUUGGCUCAGGCUACUUAUAGGUUGCAGAUUUUUGACGAGAAGGGCCCGGACGCUGCCACCAAUCAGGCAGGUGUGUUCAAUGCUAACCAGGCGGUGCAAUUCGCCCUGUACAUUCCGGCGGCGUACACGCCUCUUUCUGGUAAGCACGCCGAUUCAGUCUGACGCUGAUGAAUAGGAGGGAGAGAACAAGGAAGGGAAAGCGAGGGGGAGAGGGUCCAUUGAGCAGGGCACUUCGCUCAGACGGGAAAAGCUGCGCUUGGUGCUGGAUGCAGAGCUCAGAAGAUGCAGCCGUCAUCGUGCUGUUCACGAGAACAAUAGAGGUGUUGUGAUACCCAUGAUCGCGAAACGAUUUGCUGAUGCGCGCACUUUUUUUUUCUUGAUUGCCUUCGACGCUCAGCUGGCUGGACUUGCGCAGGUUGCAAGAACGCAGGAGAGCUCCUCAAAUCGUACACGCCUUUGCUGUUUGGCAGCGCAGCUGCUACUGCUAUUUGUCUUGCCAGCGGAGCCGGUUUGUUGAGAAGAGGGGCCCAAAUUGCCCUCGAAUGA